CAUUAAGGCAGAAAGCAAACUUCUAGUUUCAAUUGGCUGAUGGCUUUUGUAUUACGAGUAAAGGCUUCCUACUUCCACCAACGUCUGUCCUUAAUAAAUAAGGUGGUCCCUAUAUAUAGCACUGAAAAACUGUACUUUUCAAUAUUAAGGGCGGGGAGUCAAUGUCAACAAAGAGGGAUUUAGCCAAAGGAAAAAUGGAAGGAUCAAUGACAGAUCCAUUCUUUUCCUAGGCAAGACACCCCUUUUACCACUUUUCACUCACAAUACUGGCUUCCAUUCAUCACACAGUAGAGCAAGCAAGUUAAUAUCUUACUGAGUCUUUCUUACCAUCGCUGAGUCAGUUAUUGAUUUCUAUGUAUCCAACGUCGAUUCACGGUUGUUUAUUUACGAAGGAGACAUAGCGCUGUGCGUUUCAAGAGAAUUACGUAUCUAAACACAAGUCCCUAUUCCAUGAGGUUGAUUCCUUUUGUUGAUGAGGUGAAAAAGCACAAAAGAAAGGAAAGGAAUAGGGAAAAUACGAAAAAGAUUGCAAUUGGAACAGACGGAAACGUCAGUUGCUUGUUCCAUAAGAUCUGCCAAUUGGAUUUGACACAAUAUCAGGCAUGACCUAAUGAUAAAAUCCAAUGUUUACAUAACUUUUGAAGGCUAAAAGCUGGAAAGAGAGUUCUUUCUCUUAUUUCUUUAUGAAUUCAUAGUCUUUAUCGUCUCUACAAACCACCAACAAUCGGUUCACUCAUUUGUAUCCGUAUCGUAAUCCUCUCAAAAUAGCAGACUGCCAGGCAACCCAUUCCAACGUAAAAGCCAAAUCACUUUUGACGUUUUCAAUCGAUUUAAAGCGCGAAUGAUUACAACAUCCGGGUUCCUACUUUUUUAGUAGAUUUCCUGCUAAAGUAACGAAUAGCGUAUAACUAAAACAUUUACGAAAGAUUGCACCCGUUUCCGGAUGUGUGUUUUAAAAAGUCGAUACUUCGGAUAUCUGAAACCGCGUCAAUGACCGCAAGCAGACUAAAUGCUCAGGUAGAAGAAGGCCAAAUUCAAGUAUAAAUGACGGCCAGGAUGCCCUGUUUUUAUAAUCAAAUUCGACUAUUCAUUCGUGUUUGACUUCUUCAUAAUGGCCCCCGCUACUGCUGUUGCUCAAGUUCAAAAUCUCUUCAAGUCCGACUUGCCAGUCGAAAAGGACGUUGCCCUCGUCAAAAAUGAAUACAACACUUUGGCGAAAUCUUUCCCUACGUACCAACUGGAUGAUGCUUUCAACUUCUCUCCUAUCCGUGAAAGUACUGUUUCUCGUGCCAUGACUCGUCGCUACUUUGCAGACUUGGAUAAGUAUGCUGAGUCUGACAUUGUCAUUGUCGGUGCCGGAUCCGCUGGCCUCACUGCUGCUUACUAUCUUGGUACUCGCCGUCCUGACCUGAAGAUUGCAAUCAUUGAGGCCUCCGUUGCUCCUGGUGGUGGAGCCUGGUUGGGCGGUCAACUCUUUUCCGCCAUGGUCGUCCGUAAGCCGGCUGAUGCCUUCUUGAGAGAAAUCGGUGUUCCUUAUGAGGAUGAAGGUGAAUACGUGGUUAUCAAGCAUGCUGCUCUCUUCACAAGCACCGUCAUGGCCCGUGCUCUCUCCCUUCCUAACAUCAAGCUCUUUAACGCUACUGCCGUGGAAGAUUUGAUUGUCAAGGCUGAUCAAGAUGGCAACCAACGUAUCGCUGGUGUUGUCACCAACUGGACUCUUGUCAGUUUAAACCAUGGCCUUCAAUCUUGUAUGGAUCCCAACACCAUCAAUGCUCAUUUGGUCCUUUCGGCCACUGGUCAUGACGGUCCCUUUGGUGCUUUCUGCGUUAAGCGUGCUCACCAAGCUGGCCUUGUCCCACAUCUCGGCGACAUGCGCCCUCUUGACAUGAAUCGUUCCGAAAACCUCAUUGUGAAGGGUACUCGUGAGGUGUAUCCUGGUUUGGUUGUUUCUGGUAUGGAACUUUCUGAAAUUGACGGUGCCAAUCGUAUGGGACCUACCUUUGGAGGUAUGAUGUUUAGUGGUAUUAAGGCCGCUCAAGAAGCUCUCAAUGUCUUCGAAGAGCGUAAGGCUGCCAACGAAAAGUGCAUUUAAAAAUGACGUUUAUUUUUGUUUCUUUUUAUAAAGGCUUUUGAUGGAAUUGCAUAACGAAAUCCUUCACGAUAUUAUAUGUUAAUAACAUAGUUUUUGACAUUCUCAU